AUGUCCUGGUUGAUUCUAACAACGUUGCAGGCUGCGAUUCACACCACCUAUUUAAUAACAUUUAACUUGUUCUUCCAUCCGUUAGCGAACUUUCCUGGUCCUUUGGUAGGACGUGCAUCAUUACUGUGGAGAAUUCGGCAGUCUAUGACUGGCCAUUUUCAUUUAGCAAUUCAAGAACAACAUAGGAGAUAUGGCCCUGUUGUUAGAGUCUCGCCUAAUGAGCUGUCAUUCGCGUCUGUCAUGUCAUGGAAGGAUAUAUAUGGUCAUGGCUCGGGAAGAAAUCGCACCAUGCCAAAGAGUGAGUUCUACGAUAUGUACGGUUCUGGCUUUGACUCCAUGUGCGUAGGCAGUGAGAGAGAUCCAAAAAAACAUGCUCAGAUGAGAAAGUCUCUCUCGGCUGCCUUUUCAACUAAAGCACUGGUGCAACAAGAGAGAAUUGUGCACACGUGUGUGGACAAUUUCAUACAACGACUAAGAUCUGAGGGCAAUUCUCAAGAGGGCUUGAACAUGACAAAAUGGUUCGAAAUGAUUGCCUUCGAUAUUUUGGGAGAAAUGGCAUUUGGUGAAAGCUUUCACUGCAUUGAAACAGGGAAACCACAUUUCUGGUCAGAUAUGAUUGUGGAACACCUCUUUUUCGUCACCGUUUUGGAUAAUUUACGCCGGUUCCCGUUGCUAGCAGCAAUAGGUAAAGUUCUACUUCCGAAAUUGACAGUCUCCGUUCGUGAUCGACAUUCUGGCUACAGCCGAGACAAGGUACAAAGAAGGCUUAGAAGGAGAUCUAGUCGCCAAGACUUUUUGACAAAUAUCUCAGAAAAGGUUAAGGCAGGUGAAAUAUCUCAAGAGGAAAUGACUGCUCAUGCUUCAACGCUAGUAAUUGCUGGAGGCGAAACGGUGGCAACCUUUUUGGCCGCAGUGACCUAUUUUCUAUUAUCGAAUCCAACCGUGUACCGCAGGCUUCAAAUGGAAAUAAGAGGUCGUUAUACGAGUCUGAGCGAGAUAACAGCUACAUCUGCUCAACAACUUCCAUACUUGCAGGCCGUAAUUUCUGAGGGCCUGAGAUUAUACCCCCCAGGCUCUCAAGGUUUCCCCCGAACUUGUCCUGGGACCACAAUCGACGGCCACUGGGUUCCUAAAGGGGCAGAAGUUUACACCAGUGCAUGGACUGUUACACACGACGAAAAUAACUUCCACGAACCAUACGCAUUCAAACCUGAGAGAUGGCUCGGCUCACACGGCCAAGACAUCCUAGAAGCCAGUCAGCCGUUCUCCCUCGGACCACGCGGCUGUCUUGGUAAAAACUUUGCAUUCGUCGAGAUUAAUCUCAUACUAGCGAAGAUGCAUUUCGCAUACGACCUUGAACUCAUUGAUAAGGACUUGGACUGGCUAAAUCAGAGCCACAUGCAUGUGAUGUGGUGGAAACCAGCAGUGAACAUAAGGUUUCAUUCUGUUAUGACGUCUCCAUAG